UCAGUGUCUGAUGACGAAUUUCCCCACGAAUCAUUAUCACUCAAUUCUGCAAGUGGUUCUAAUUUACUAUCGCUGUUCUCUAGCUGGUCUAAAACCGAUUUUGACCUAAAGGGAUGCUUUUUGGACGCCAUGGACAUUUCUCAGUUUCCAGGCCGAAAGAACAGUAAAAAUGUAGGCAGGACACAGGACAAAGCACUAGGGACAAAAUGUAUGUGAAAUGGUUUGAUACAGUAAUGUUUUAGUGUAUUAUUUAUUAUUACAUGAAUGUCACUUUUUGUCAUUUUCAAAUUUCCCGCCAUUUCAUCCCCCGUACGUCCCGACGCUCGCAGGGGACGGAAUCCAGAUGACAGAUGUCGGCAUCCGCCAGAUUACAUUGCCGGGGACACUGCAGGAGGGACA